AUGGUCCCGAAUAACGCCUUUGCUAUGGACCCUAGUCCGUCGACCAGUCUCCGUCGACCGUUAUCCAUUCCCGGACUAGAAGCGAAUUGUUCCAAUGAGUAUGGCGUGUCUAAAGAUUGUCCUAUUACGAAGCAUGCCCCUAAGACCGAUGGAUCUUACGUAGCAACCGGAGAAAUCAGCAAAUUGCUCGGUGGCGUAGUCGCCAGGCUGCAGGUCUUAAAGCGUAAAGCUCAGGAAUCCAUAGCGGAGGAAUUGCAAGUGGGCAUGGUGUGCAAAAGAAGAUUGGAUUACUUGAAAGAUCACGCUAAUACCUCUCGGAGUGCUGUAAACCAGUGGAGACGACAGAGACUAGACAGAAUGUUAGUGGAAUAUUUUCUUCGUAAGAGAUACUACAAAACGGCAACUAAGCUGGCAGAUAGCAGCGAGCUUAGAGAUCUGACAAAUAUUAGUAUGUAA